AGGCUGUGGGGACGGCUGGUGAGCAACGCUGUGAUGGCCGCAGUACCGAGGCAUCCCUUCUGGUUGGAGGUGCUACGGGAGAUCUUUCAGCGCAGCUGCGGCACGGACCCGGUGCAGUGCACGGGCCCUCGCCUGCUGGACGCCGUGAGCCUCAGAUUUCUGCGGGGCGGAGGCUCCUUGAGCGCUGUGGCGCGCCUGCCCUUCGACUACUUCUCCCCCCACCUGGCGCGGUGGAACGCUGGCGCAAUGACCACCUCCUGCCGGGAUCUGGCGGGAGACAUUGAGCCCCUCUUGCCGGAGCACCGAGAGGUGCUGCUCUUCGCUUGCAGAGGCCUGGAGCGGGCCUUGCAGAACGAUGCGGCCCUGCAGAGCGAAAGGACCUUCGCAGUGCACCGCUGGCAAUGCAGCUGGUGCCGAGAGGAC